AUGUUGACGACGACGGAGGAAGAGGAAGAGGAGGAAUCGAAGCCUUUGUUGCUGCGAGGAGAACGAGCGACGACGACGACGACGAGAAGAAACCACCCCUCGAAAGCGUUCUUCGCGUUGUUGUUUUUGGUGGUGGUGGUGUCGUCGGCACUUUUCGCGGUGCACUUUUCCUCUUCUUCUUUGUCUUCCUCGGAUCGUCAUCGUCUUGGUGUUGGAAUCCCCCACGGGGAAGAAGAAACGACAAAGUUGGGCGAAGUGAACGACGUUUCGACUGAUGCGAAGGCGCAAGAAGAAUAUGAAGACAAAGACGCGGCGCCAAAACCAGAAAACCACGAGGAAAAAGAAGUCGUAGAAACAGAAGACGAGGAAAAGGUUGAGAAAUUGAUCGCAAAGGAAAACGAGUUGUCUGAAGAAGUGAAAACCGAGAUGACCGAUUGGAAAGGCGAAGUCGAAGAGCAACACAAAGAAAUCGUGGACGCGGUUCAGAUUUUGACAACGAUCGAGGACGAUGAUGAUGUCGCGAAAGCGACGGGAAGUGUCGACGACGCGGUGGCGAAGGUGCACAAAGCCCAAGCGCUGAUUAAAGACGCCGUCGCGUCGCCGCCGAAGAUUGAAAAGGAAAGCGAGGAGAUUGACGGGAUCACCCAAGAGAUCGAGGAAGAAAUCGAUAACACGGACAGCACUCCUUCGUCUUCAUCAACCGUGAUCCCGGAAGAAGCGGAGGCGAAAAUGGAAGCGUUGCGCGAGCACAUCUCUACCAAGCAGGCUGAAAUCACCAAGGCGUGCGACGACAUCUCCGCCGCCAAAGCUGCGAUGCUCGACGGUUCUCUCGCUAAAGAAGAAGGACUGAAACAAAUUAUCGCGAACGCGGAAAUCAUCAGCACUGCCGAAGCGAGCGUGUACGAAGAGUUCCACGCGGUGACGAAAGAAACAGAAAGCGCGCCGAAAGGGCAAACCGAAGCGCCGUCUUCGCCUUCCGAUACCGACAACAACUAA